AUGGAGAACUCCUGGGGCGGAAGAAUCCCCGACGAGUACUUCUCCAGCAUCCACGAGGAGAUUCUUCAUGGCCGCAACAAGAACCCGCAAGCAGCUUGCAGAUUUGCCGAACACCUUCUCGAGGUAACAUGUCAACUGCACACCAUAUCGGACUUUUCACUCACUAACGCCCUAAUAGUACGAAUACCUCCCAAUCCACAUCCGCGCCUCGUGUCAUAUGCUACUUAGCCGUGGAGCCGGCCAUGCAGGAGUUCUCGACAUCGGCCAUGCAAAGGAAGCGUACCGCCUACUCGAGCAAUUCACAUACGCCAACUACAAACACAUCUCCGACGAGGACUGGAAGAACCGCAUGCACUGGAUGUACAAGAUGAGAAGGGCAAUUCAGAAUCGGCAAACGGAGAUCAGGAAGCAAGAGGAGCAGGCGAAGGGAGAAAAGAUAACAAAAAAGUUGAAUAGGAGAGUCUACAUGCACACGAACGAGCAGGGAAAGACGGAAUUUGGCAUGAAGGAAUUUGGAAUCGGAAGCGGGGAUCGGGGUGGAUGUCGGGGUAUGGGCCUCGAGGACCCGUUUGUCGAUAUUCCUUCGACGGAGAUGGCCGCAAACGAAGAGGAAGGAUGGAAUACCGCAUCGGCUCGAAUCAGCACGCCUCCUCCACCCGAGUCUCAGGCCUCAGAACCGGACGACAUUCUGACCUCGCGCUGCAACUUCCUAUCAAGCGAACAGGUCACGCCACCAGCACCACUAUUCGCGACACGGAAGACAGCCUCAUCAAGUCACAGCUCUCUUCGGCCUUUCCAUCGACCUCAGACUCCGCGCACAGUGCCAACACACGAGGCUACAUACUCACAUACGCGGAGCAUCUCUCUCUCCCACCCCAGCACACCAACACCGCAACAACCCCUCCGUAAGUCCAGCACGCGUGAAACCACCAAACCUCCAGCCUCCACACUCCCUCCGUCACGUACAUCCCAUCUGUGUCAUCCACCCGGAUCCUGUACUCCCUCACCAACCCGUCAACCUCCCAGCAUACCACCACGCACAGCAAAACUUCCUAAAACAUUGACCCCAAGUCCUCCCUCAGGAACUCCAAAUCCACCACGCCGCACGAGGGAGACGAGUUGGAGGGACGCUCCCAACCCCAUUACUGCUCUGCUCAAGGAGUUAGAAGCGAAGGGGGAGGCGCUUCGGAAGUGGAUUUAG